AUGCGUCAGUCUGAGCUAUCAUUUAAUUCCGAGAGGAAGUACAUGGCAGUCAGUGGCGUUCAUGUAUCCUCCACAACUGCUCCCAAUGGCACAACGAUCAAGGAAACGAAUCGCGAGAUGUACUACAUCAAGGGUUCUAUCGAUGCCAUCCUUGAACGAUGUAAAUUCUACUAUGUAUCUGACGAAUCUACUCCUGCGCUGGACGCUAACACGAGGAACGUCGUGCUGUCUCAAGCGCAGAAAACAGCCUCCCGCGGUCUUCGUGUCAUCGCAGUUGCAUAUGGCUUCGGAACUGUCGAGGCAGCCAGCCGAUCUAGUAGCCGGUCAUCUAUGUUACCUGCCACCCAGGCGACUCCUCCGUCGACGCCUCUACCUACCAUAGAUAGAGAGAAGUCGAAGAACAAUCUCGUAUUCGUCGGCUUCCAGGCAAUGCUCGACCCCCCACGCAAGGGCGUCGCUGACUCCAUCGCGCUUCUCCAGUCUGGUGGCGUCCAGAUUGUCAUGAUCACCGGAGAUGCAGAAGAGACUGCGCUGUCGAUCGCUCGUGCGCUUGGCCUGCGUGUCGGCUCCGGUAGCUCUGGUUGUUUGACAGGCCAAGUGAUUGACCGCAUGACGAAGCAGCAAUUGAAAGAGCGUGUUGGCGGUGUCAGUGUGUUCGCACGGACAACACCGAGGCACAAGAUGGCUAUCGUGGAAGCAUUCCAAGCGAGAGGAGCGAUUGUAGCUAUGACUGGUGACGGUGGUAUGUAUGUUUCCUUCCUAGUGUCUUAG